GGCUGCCCAGAGAGGCUGUGGAGUCUCCUUCUAUGGAGAUAUUUAAAACCCACCUGGACGCGAUCCUGUGCAACCUGCUCAAGGUGAUCCUGCUCUAGCAGGGGGGUUGGACUAGAUGAUCUCCAGAGGUCCCUUCCAACCCCUACCAGUCUGUGAUUCUGUGAAAGUUAAGGAAUUAGACCAUAGGUUACAGAGACAUUUUUAGUAGCGUCUCAUGCAUGGCAUGGCAAGUGAGGACAGGCAGGCGCACAGCCAUCCCAGAGCAGAGACUCCGUCCAGAGUGGAGACGCCUGGUGCAGAGCAGAGACCUCAGCUUCGGAGUCAAGAUCCCAGAUCUGGAGGAGAAACCUUUGGUCUGGAGCGGGGACCCCAAAACAGAGCAGAUAUCCCAGAGCAGAGACCCCAAAACGUCCUCUUCCCCAGCCCCCAGGCUUUGCAGCAAUGACUGGCAAAACCACACGUCCAGCUGCAGACCCAGCUCCGGCAGCUCCGAAGGAGCCAGCGCCAACCCCAAAGAAGGAGCCAGCACCAACCCGAAAGAAGGAGCCAGCACCAGCCCCAGCUGCUGAAGAGCCCCCGGCCCCUGAGCAUCCCCCUGCCGAGGAGCAGCCCACAGCCCCCGCAGACGAGCCUGCUCCCGUCCCCACGGCAGAGGCAACUCCAACUCCUGAAGAAGGUCCUCCGGCUCCCCCAGCUGAACCUCAAGCCCCAGCCCCUGAACCUAAGCCUGAGAAACCAAAGGCAGAGCCGCCCAGCUCCCCCUUGUCCUUGGCUGUGGAAGAAGUGAGCGAAAACUCGGUUACGCUGACCUGGAAAGCCCCGGAGCAGACAGGCCGGUCGGGUCUGGAUGGAUACAUUGUGGAGAUCUGCAAAGAUGGAAGUACAGACUGGACAGCUGUGAACCAGGAGCCUUUUCUUUCCACCCGGUAUGCAAUCCAGGACCUCGGCUCCGGUGACAAGAUCCAUGUACGCGUGAAGGCUGUCAGCACCGGCGGUGCCAGUGUCCCAGCUACUUUGGAGCAGCCAGUCCUCAUCAGAGAGAUCCUCCAGCUCCCGAGGAUCCGCAUGCCUCGUUACCUGCGGCAGACUUAUGUCAGGCAUGUUGGGGAUGCUGUGAACGUGAUGAUCCCUUUCCAGGGAAAGCCUCAGCCCAAGGUGAUCUGGACCAAGGGUGACCAGCCCCUGGACACCAGCCGCAUCAAUAUCCGCAACACAGAGAAGGACACCAUCUUCUACAUCCGUGAGGCACAGCGCAGUGAUUCGGGCAAGUAUGAGCUUGCUGUGCAGAUAAACGGAGCCGAGGACAAGGCUACCCUGGACAUCCGAGUGAUUGAGCCGCCGGGCCCCCCCCAGAACCUGAAGCUGUUGGACGUGUGGGGCUUUAAUGUGGCCCUGGAGUGGUCCCCACCGAUGGACAAUGGGAACUCUGAGAUCAAGGGCUACAUGGUGCAGAAGUCAGACAAGAAGAGCGGGAAAUGGUUCACGGCGCUGGAGCGCUGCACCCGCACCAGCUGCACCAUCUCUGACCUCAUCAUUGGCAAUACCUACUCCUUCCGGGUGUUUGCAGAAAACGCCUGCGGGCUGAGUGAAAAAGCAGCCGUCACCUCUGGGGUGGCCCACAUCAAGAAGACAAAAACUGCUUACCAGCCAGAGAAGAUCCCCCAGCGGGACAUGAUGGAGCCUCCAAAGUUCACCCAGCCCCUGACAGACCGAACCACCACCCGGGGCUACAGCACACAUCUCUUCUGCUGUGUCCGGGGCUUUCCGCAGCCCAAAAUCAUCUGGAUGAAAAAUCAGAUGGAGAUACGGGAAGACCCUAAAUACAUAGCGAUGAUCGAGCAGGGUGUCUGCUCCCUGGAAAUCCGCAAGCCCAGCCCUUUCGAUGGGGGCAUCUACACCUGCAAAGCUGUGAACCCCUUGGGGGAAGCCUCGGUAGACUGCAAACUUGAUGUGAAAGUGCCCCAGUGAGGACAGAUUAGAGGGCAAGAUGAAGAGCAAGGUGGAAGCUGCAGCUACUGUUGGGUAGCAUGGAACAUGGUGAUGCUCCCGGCCAUGACCUCUGCUGCCUGUGGGCCUGCCCUCCCUCCUCAGUGGUACCCCUGGGGCCUGCACCCCAGCCCGCCAUGGCACGUUCCUCUCUGAAAGUGUCCUUAGGUGUGACAAUAAAACAAGCCCAUCUUUGGUCCUCAUAAAAAA